ACCGGAUGUUUAUUCUAGGGUCUUUUAGCAGCUUCACAUCGACGUCCUCCUGCCGUUUUGACGUCAAAUGGACAAUUUAGUUUUGGAUUUCACAACAGAGGAAGAGUCUCGUAGCGACUGAGCAUCGUGCUGCAGCCUCCAUGGAUCCAGAGUUCGAGACCCACCGCUCGGAGCUGGUGGCCCGAGAGAGGAGCGGACACACGGCGGUGGUGGAGGACAACCUGCUGUACGUGUGGGGGGGCUACGUGUCAAUUGCUGAUGAUGAAGUUUUCCUACCCAGCGAUGAAAUCUGGGUCUAUGACUUACAACAAGGUGUCUGGAGAGUGUUUCAUAUGACAGGCGACGUGCCUCCCUCCAUGUCUGGGAGCUGCGGCUGCUCCCUGAAUGGAACCAUGUACAUAUUUGGAGGGUGUGACGAAAACAGACAGACCAAUGAGCUCUACUGUGUCAACCUGACGGAUGGUAAAUACAGGUGGAGGAAGAUGGCACACGAGACGGGCUCUGCUCCGUCACCUCGAGACAAAUUCUCCUGCUGGGUUUAUAAAGGACGGUUAAUCUACUUUGGAGGAUACGGUCACAAGCUCCUGACAGAUGUCGACAGCAGGAACAGAAGCUUCAUUGUAGAUGAAGCAGCUUGGGUGGAGGAUGUUUUCUGGGGAUGGAAUAAUGAAGUUCAUAUAUUUGACCCCAGGCAAGAGGGUUGGAGUGAACCAAAAACCCAUGGCCGUGCUCCCGCCCCCAGGGCUGCCCACGCCUGCGCCACCGCUGGUCACAGAGGAUACGUGUGUGGAGGCCGAGUCAUGGAAACCAGAACAACUGACAUUCACUGUCUGGACUUAGAAACAUGGACGUGGUCAGAAAUACAUCCGGUGUCCUCGGCUCCGGUGGGCAGGUCGUGGCACACACUCACAGCGGUAUCAGACAGCACCUUGUUCCUGUUCGGGGGUCUCAGUUUAGACUGCAAACCAAUGAGUGACGGGUGGCUGCUUGAUGUUGAAACCAAAACGUGGAGAGAAGUCGAACAUCCCUAUAAGGAUAAGCCAAGGUUGUGGCACACGGCAUGUCCAGGGAAAGACUCUGACGUCAUUGUGUUCGGUGGAAGUUGUGAUUACAUCCUCCUUGUUGACACUGGUCACUGCAAUGAUGCACUCGUUUUCCAGAUGCAGCCGUAUCCUCUAUUCAGGAUUUGUGAAGACUUCAUUGCAAAGAACAUGAGGAGCCAUGAGAUGCUCAGAAACCAGUUUCCUCUCCUGCCUCCUAAACUCCUGGCAGCAGUGAAGAAGAGGACGUCGUUCUACAGGACUUCAAAGAAGCAAAAACCCACCUGAACGACCAACAUUCACCUAAAUGCCAACAACAAUGCAAUAUCAGUACAAUUUUUAUUUAUGUAUGGUUCUCCCGUCAGUGAGAAUAUUUAUCUCACACUGCAGGGUAGUAGUUAAAAUAUUUUAUAGUGUUAUAUAUAUUAUUGUUUAUUGUGUUCACGUGAUGACUGUGAUGAUCAAAUAACACAGUGGGAAGUUU